AUGAGGAAGAGGGUGUCCUCUUCACCAAGGGAUAAGGCGGCCAUGGCCUUUUGUCGAAGCCAUCUGCUGCUCAUAUUGUUGUUGCUGAGCAUGGCCGUUUCAAUGGUCUGCAUCGGACUAGAUACGCUGCUCAAGUCUGUUGAUGAGUUGUUUCCAGGGUCGGGUCAACCUUUCCUGGAACACACCCUCAAUUUCAAGCAAGCGUCUCUGCGUCGAAAGCUUUAUACCAAUGAAUCUUUUGGUCGUUUCACAGCCUUGGAUCAGUUAUUAAAUUUGUCUUCAGUACGCAUUAAGCAAGCAUAUCCAGAUGUGAUGGAUUUUGCGGAGGGAAGACGUCAUACCAAGCUGUCAAAGGGCUCGGCCGCUGUUUCCCAAUUGCAAGAUGUAUCCUCCCAGCAGAGGCAGCAAUCAAGAACUUCAAAGAAAGGGGCUGUUGUUUCCAGAGAAAAGCUGCAAGCUUCCUCGCUGCAUCUCUCACCGCAAUCAUCAACAAAGUUGGAUACUUACAACCCCGAUCAAGCCAUCUGGGCCCUAGUGACGCCACCUGGGUUCCUUGGUGGCUACAGGAAUCAGGUGAUUCGAAUGUUUGGGUUGGUCUUAGGCGCAAAGAAACAUGGAAUAGAACAGGUUCUCCUUACAUCGAUUCUUUGGUCUACGACCACCAAGGAACGUGCGCCGAGACCGGUGCCAAUGGAAGACUUGUUCGAUAUUGACCACUGGAACUAUGUCGCCAAGACAUCUCAAUUGCCAACCCUAGUGUCGUCAAUUCCAAGUGGAGACUGUUGGUCUUCCACUGCAGAAGGCUUGCGAGAGGAGAACCGAAACCUAACUGACAAACUUCACCGGCAGCAAGAUGCACCUCUUCUGAAGCGGGUCCUGGAAGCUCCUAGAUUCUUGACCCCCAUUGCCAACAUCAGCCUCGGUUAUGUCACCGGCGAGCUGAGCAUCAAUCCCAGACGGUUUCACGUCUCUGAUCAGGUCCAACAUUGCAAACAUCCACUGCCGUAUGGCUAUGGAGGCGGUAGAGGUGUCCUCUGGGUGAACUACAUGGACUAUAGUCGACAACGGCAGCGUGAUGCUGCCUCGAAACUGGUCAAGCCGGAUCCAUUGGAACGGUCGUUCCUUCAAGCCCUUCGGCCCCUUCCCAAAUGGCGACAAUUGGCUCAGGAAUGCGUUGCCAGUGGGACCGGCCAUAAGCACUGGCUCGGCAGCAAUACACCUUCUUACAUUGCAUUGCAUCCACGAAUAGAACUGGAAAUGAUGCUCCAUUCAUGUGGAAACUACAUGAACAAGAACUUCACUCGUAUCUUGGAUGAUGUUUCCAAGUUUCUAGUGCAACAGCGUCAACAUGCUGACAACCAUUCCUACAGGAACGUUUCUGGUAUAUUUGUGGCCUUUUCUCGGGAAGGUGCCUCAGUACAAGAAGGAAACGGGUAUCGCAGGUUCCAUGCUCAUGUGGAUCAAAACAUUCAGACAAUGGAUCGCGUUCUCGGGAAUGGUGAAACCCCGGGGCAAGGUAUCCUGUUGCGGCAAUCCAAGUCAAGCGAAAAGACGCGGGAGCAGCAACGUCUUCCGAUCUUUGAGUGUGGUGAUCGGCUGCUUCAAAGCCAUUAUGAAUCACAAUCCAACGAAACAAUUGAUUAUGGGUCCCUCCUGCCUUCAAUCAUCAACUUCCAAGUGGCUGUCGAGUCUACGGCUUUCGUAGGUAUGCGCUUUAGUUCCUGGUCCAACAGUGUUUGGACUACACGCUAUUACCUGGGGCGUGGGGAUGCAAACUUCGAGUACACAAGAGAGCGCGGUAUCCAACCAGUUGGAAAUGGCGGACUACCUCCGCCACAUGGCAAUUGUGAUGGAAUCCAAGACCCUGGAUAG